GCUGUUUAGAGUCUUCCAUAAAUGUGUAUCCUGUUCAGCUCACGAUCUAAAGGUGUGUUUUGAAUUUUGGCCCCUUUUUAGUUUAAUACCCCUUCCCUGCAGUUUUAGGAGUCUUUGGAGAAGUUGGAUCUGGCGGUGUUUGGGCAUCUCUUCAGAAGAGCUGGAAAAAUCCAAUCUCUGUAUUUCCAAUCUCUGCCAGUGACAUUAAUUUGUCCACUGGUCUGACAAUAUAAAUCCUUUGAAAAAGCGUCUUUGAUAACCUGUAGGGAGAAACCGCUGGCUGGUCAGUCAGUCUUGCCCACUUGAGACUGUGGAGUGCCUCAUAUCUAGGGCCGUGACAUUGGCAGCUGCUAAUAAUAGCACCGCUGAACAUGCAUUGUUAUAAAUUCAGAUUCAGCGGGCCGGUUGCCAGUGCACACAAGUGCAUCUUGAGGACAGCGGGGUUGCUGCAGAAGGCUUCAGCGCAAAUCAGUGCACUGAAAUUUUCCUUUAAAUAAAAAUGAUUUUCAUCAAUCUUCUUGUGGUCAGUCAGACCCAACAAAGUCUGAGUAUUGUGCUGAGGCUGACUCAGAACAUUGAAUUUAGAUGAUGCAAACCAGUCAAAACCCUUCAAAGACAAAGUCAGGACCUAUGUUGCAUUAAAGUUGAUCUUUUGUGAGUCGGUUGUUGGGGUUUGCCCAGAGGUUCUCCUCUCAGCUUCGGUGGAGCAGACGGAUAAAUCUGUGGCUGACUGGACUCAUUACGAGUCGCAGUGCUGUAGGUAAUAGAGGUCCUGGGGGUAAAUACUGCAAUGAUUCCCCCUGCAGUCAGCCGUCUGCUCCUGCCUGCUCCUCCUUCUUAAACUCAUGUAUGCUUUGUCAUCCUUCAGUUUUGAUUUAGUCCUUCCCCUUCCUAAUCCAAGAGUCUCCAGUUUCUACCUCCAUCCGUGACGGUACCUUCUCCCCUCAAUUCACUUCUAUUUGCACCUCAGUGGUUGGGAUCUAUGCAUCUGCAUUAGAUUUUUUUCCCUCCCCUGAGGUAUGAGAGUCCUUCGGUCUUUUCUUCAUCUGAUUCUUCCCCUCCCUUUGUGUUUCCUUUGCCUCUGGAAUGCCAAUUUGUAAAAAAAAAAAAAAAAAGAGGAGAAGAUGACAGAGGCGACUGGUAACCAUAGCAACACAUGUCGCCCUCACCAGUGUUGGAUCGCUUCAAUAACUGCUUCCUUCUUGCAGCCUUUUUUGCCCCCUUUUAUCUUUCAAUCCUGUCUCCCUUCCCUCGAAUCAACACCGCUGCACCAUCACCCUUGUAAUUGAUAACCCUAAUUGGCGACAAGAAGCUCUCCUUCUCUUGCUUGUAUCCUCUUCAGAGCAGACUGUCUCCCCCGUGUAACUUUCCUCUUUGAACAAGUUCGCACAACAAAGAGAAUUCAGUCUCCGCCGCCUGACAGCUCAGCCUCGGCUCCGUAACCGUUUCCUGUCUUACAUAUAUGUGAGGCACCGCCGUAGUGCAGGGAUGUGCUGACAUAUGGAGGCUGACAGUUAUCAGACGUCCCCAGCGCGGCGCUCUGCUCCUCCCUGUCAGCCUGGGCUGAGCCAGCAGCACAUUAGAAUCUGAUCUAUCUCUCUGCUGUGGCAAGUGGAUGUGUAGCACUGGAGUGUGUCACAGCCCACUUACAAGAAUGAAAGGAAGAGGAUUCACAUGCAGACCACUGUGCUAGACAGACACACAUGUUCCGUAACAAUCCAUGUUGGACCCAGAGAACACCGGUUUCAUCCCAGUGGAGAACUUCACCAGCUUGGUGGAGCACCAUGAGCUGCAGCUGGAUCCAUCCAAACUGGACAUGUUGUUAGCCCUUGUCCAGAGCAAUGAGGAGGGACAGGUGUGCUACCAGGAGCUCAUCGAGCUGAUGAGCAGCAAACGCUCCAGCAGUUUCCGACGAGCCAUAGCCAACGGUCGCCGCACGCUGCAGCGGGAGAUCCUGCUGGACGAGACGGGCUUGGGUCUGUACAAACGCUUCGUCCGCUAUGUGGCCUACGAGAUACUGCCCUGCGAGACAGACCGGCGCUGGUACUUCCACCAAAACCGCCUGUGUCCUCCACCGGUCUUCAUCGCCAUCGUCACCAUCGUCCAGAUUAUUGUGUUCAUGUGUUACGGCAUCAUGCUCAACAAGUGGGUCCUGCAGACCUACCAGCCUGACUUCAUGAAGAGCCCGCUGGUCUACCAUCCCGGCCACCGAGCGCAAGUGUGGCGUUUCUUCAGCUACAUGUUCAUGCACGUCGGUUUGGAGCAGUUAGGAUUCAACGCUUUACUGCAGCUGAUGAUAGGGGUUCCCUUGGAGAUGGUCCACGGCAUAUUACGGAUAAGUUUGCUGUACAUGGCAGGAGUCCUGGCUGGCUCGCUGACAGUGUCCAUCACAGACAUGCGCGCUCCAGUGGUGGGGGGUUCUGGGGGAGUCUACGCUCUGUGCUCAGCUCAUCUGGCGAAUGUCGUCAUGAACUGGGCCGGGAUGCGAUGUCCGUACAAGCUGCUCCGCAUGAUCCUGGCGCUGGUUUGCAUGAGCUCCGAGGUGGGCCGUGCAGUCUGGCUCCGCUUCUCGCCGCCGUUGCCCUCGUCAGGUCCGCAGCCCAGCUUCAUGGCUCACCUGUCGGGGGCGGUGGUCGGCAUCAGCAUGGGGCUGCUGAUCCUGCGCAGCUAUGAAGAGAGUCUGCAGAAACAGUGCUCCUGGUGGGUCAUCGUCUUCUCCUUCAUCACCUUCCUCCUCUUCGCCAUCUUUUGGAACAUCUUCGCCUAUGAGCUCCUGGGGGUGCAAAUCCCUCCUCCCCCCUGAUGACGGCCCUUUGAAAAUACUCGACCUUUCGUUUCACCUCAAGUUAGACCCAUGAAACCGUUCAAACUUCUAAUCGACCAAGAAUCCUUUUUUUAUUGAUCCUUUGCGAAUCAAAGAAAUAUGUCUCUUUUAUUAAAGAGGGGAUUACCGUAGCAACAAGAACAGGUUCCUCAGAUCUGUUGGAGGAGCAUUUUGUCUUUUUUAUACACAUCAUAUCUCCUCCUCAUUACCAGCAUCAAGUCUACUAAUAGCAUUUAGAUUUUUUGUUCUUUAAUGACCUAUUGGUCGUUUAUUUCAAGUGCAACUUUUAUUAAAAUAGAGACCUCAAAUUAGACAGGAUUCAUGACGUGGGCUGAAGAGGAAAGUCAAAAGGAAGUCAACGGAUCAGUUCUAAAGAAGCAUGUAAAUGGAAAAGAAUUCAACUUUUUUUCUUCAACCAACAGGAGUUACUGUGACUUUUUGCAAAAUUGCUGACAUACCAAAUUGGAAAAAAAAAGAAACAUAAAAAAUGGUGCUCUGAGUGAUAUUUUUAAAACAUCUUUAGGGUAAACAGAAAAUUUGAUGUGGAUCUUUAAAGAUGAGCAACAGCCCUGUCAUAUUUCCUUUGCUGAGCGCCGGUAUUUGCAUCUUUUCCUCGUUCUGACUCCUGCACUGUGGACACAGAAACACACAUAAACACAAGAAUAGGAAGAAAGUCGAACGCUGUCGUGACCCGGUGAUAGGACAGCCAAAACAGUCCAUCACUUUAGCAGCAAACGCCUCCUGCUGCUCCAUUACAGAUGUAAAAUAUGCCAUUCCCUGGAGCUUUCAGCGCGACGGGAACACGAUCUCCUCCAUUUUUUUUUGUCUUUGAGAAGAAUUGCUGCCUGAGUCUGUUGCUCAACAAAGAAAAACACAGCAGACACUCACACGGACGCCUCUGCCUGUCGUCGCUCUGGCAGACUGACCUUGGGAGAAGGUCGUGGAUGCGUCAGCCCCUGACCUCUGUCCUGCAUGUCCUGGAGGGCAUUGGGGUCGUUGUCAGGCCCAGUCGAUACCUCAGUUUCUCGUUCUUAGGGACUGUAUACAUUUGUAAAGGAAUGUACCUAUGAAGAAAAACGUGUUGUCUGUUUUUUAUUUGACAGUGAAUAUGUAUAUUAUAUGUUCAUAAAUAAGACUAUAUUUAUUUGUAUUUUUCUCCUGAAGGAGAAAGGAAAUUCAAAUGGUGCAAAAUUUUAUGGUAUGAUUGUCCUAUAUGGCUUUGAAUUAAAAAAAAAAUGUGAGCCAAAAUCUAACAAGUGGAUUCCACUUGAUUUUAUAUAUUUAAAGUCAGUGCUUUAUAAAGUAAGCCAUAGGAAAAGCUAAAAGAUGAGGGUAAAACUUGGAGGGAAAAAAGAAAAGUAUUUCUUGGGUCGAAAGCCACUGACCAGUAGUUACAUUUAAAAAUAAAUAAAAAUAAAUAAAA